CUCAAUCCAAUUCCCAUUGCUGAAGCUGUAGAGAGUUACCUCCGCCGCGGCGCCGCCGCACCCCGUCUCCAGGACGCUGCCACUGCCACGUCGCGCUCGCCAUCGCAACACCGCCGCUGGUCUGAACCGCCGCUGCCGUCAUCUGCACCGAUCUCCAGUCGCCGAGCAGCGCCGUCGCAACCAGAAACGCCGUUGACAAAAACAGGCCUCCGUGAGACUUGCGAGACUUCCAUUUUCAAUCAUCUUCAACCUUCACUUCCAGGGGCUCUUCCGUGCCUCACUUGUUGGUUGAUUCUACUCACCUACAGCCCACUACCCACAGCCAGCGGUUCCACAUUCUCUCUUUACUCACCAGUUCUUCAGUUUAGAACUUCAAAAAUGUGUGAGAAUUGAGAUUCUCAAAUCAUAAAAUUUCAAGCUUUUGUUCAAGUUAGCUAAUGAAGAAUUAAGGAAACCAGUUUAUCUUUCUACCAACAUCAUUGCUGAUAAUUUGUUAAUUUUGUCCACUCCUAUGAUGACACACCAAAACUCACAUCCUCUUACCUCACUGUCGGAUUUUUAUGCCUCACUCCUCCAAACAAGCCUGAAAAUCAAAGACCCAUUUGCCAUAAGAUCGAUCCAUGCCCGGAUAAUCAAGUCCGGGCUCCACUUAGGUCCGUUCCUUGUGAAUAAUCUCAUCAAUGCAUAUGGAAAAAAUGGGUUUAUUUCUGAUGCACAAAGUAUGUUUGAUGAAAUGCCUACAAGGGAUGCAUCGUCUUGGAACACAUUGCUAUCUGCUUAUGCAAAAAGGGGUCUGAUCCAUGAAGCGCGUCACAUUUUUAAUGAGAUGCCUUGUCCUGAUGAUAUCACGUGGACCACUAUGAUUGUCGGGUAUAACUUAAUUGGUCAGUUUAAAGUUGCAAUUAAGACUUUUCUUGAGAUGGUUGGCAGCAAUGUGUUGCCUACCCAGUAUACAGUUACAAGCAUUCUUGCUUCUUGUGCUGCAAUUAGAUCAUUGGACAUAGGCAGGAAGGUUCAUUCUUAUGUUGUGAAAUUUGGGUUGAGUAGGUAUGUCUCUGUAGACAAUUCUUUGUUGAAUAUGUAUGCCAAAUCAGGUGAUGUUAGUACUGCUGAAAUUGUUUUUGAUAGGAUAGCAAUAAAGAACAUUUCUAGCUGGAAUGCAAUGAUUUCAUUGCAUAUGCAAACUGCUCGAGUUGAUCUUGCAUUGGCACAGUUUGAGCAAAUGAAUGACAAAGAUAUUGUUUCCUGGAAUUCAAUGAUUGCAGGUUAUAACCAGCAUGGAUUUGAUGUUGAAGCUUUAAAUAUGUUUUAUAGAAUGCUUAGGGAAUCCUUGCUGAAGCCUGACCAUUAUACUUUAGCAAGUGUACUAUCAGCUUGUUCUAAUCUUGAAGAGCUAAAUGUUGGGAAACAAAUCCAUUCUCAUAUUCUUAGAACUGAGUUUGACUCUUCUGGGGCAGUUGGGAAUGCUUUGAUAUCCAUGUACUCACAAUGUGGUGCAGUUGAAAUUGCCCGAAGGAUUUUGGAGCAGAGUCGAAUAUCCAAUUUAAAUGUGAUUGCUUUUACUGCCCUACUGGAUGGCUACAUCAAACUUGGUGAUAUAGAUCCAGCAAGGAAGAUUUUUGAUUCUCUAAAGGACCGGGAUGUGGUUGCAUGGACGGCUAUGAUUGUCGGCUACAUGCAGAAUGGCUUAAACAAUGAUGCAAUGGAUCUCUUCAGGUUAAUGUCUGAAAUAGGGCCAGAACCCAAUAGCUAUACUCUAGCAGCUAUGCUCAGUGUUUGCUCAAGCUUGGCAUCUUUGAAUCAUGGCAAACAAAUCCAUGCUGCAGCUUUAAAAUCAGGGGAAGCAUCAUCAGUUUCUGUAAGUAAUGCCUUGAUUACCAUGUAUGCAAAGUCUGGAAACAUAAGUUGUGCACAGAGAGUAUUUAAUUUGAUACACUGGAAAAGGGAAACUGUAUCUUGGACUUCAAUGAUCCUAGCUUUAGCUCAACAUGGAUUUGGAGAGGAAUCCAUACAGUUAUUUGAGAAUAUGCUGGCAAUGGGUAUAAGACCUGAUCAUAUUACUUAUGUAGGUGUUCUCUCUGCUUGUAUACAUGUUGGCUUGGUAGCACAAGGUCGCCUAUAUUUCAGGAUGAUGAAAGAUGUGCAUGGUAUUGAACCCACCUCAAGCCACUAUUCCUGCAUGAUUGACCUCUUUGGACGUGCUGGACUGCUGCAAGAAGCACAAGAUUUUAUAGAGAAGAUGCCAAUUGAACCAGAUGCAAUAGCUUGGGGCUCAUUGUUAGCUUCCUGUAAAGUUCACAAGAAUGUUAAGCUGGCAAAACUUGCAGCUGAGAGAUUGCUUUCAAUUGAUCCUGAAAAUAGCGGGGCCUACUCAGGACUUGCUAAUGCCUACGCGGCUUGCCAAAAGUGGGAAGAAGCUGCUAAAAUUAGAAAAUCAAUGAAGGAUAGGCAAGUUAAGAAAGAACAAGGAUUUAGCUGGGUUCAGAUAAAGAAUGAAGUU